UUAUCAGCUAAAGCUGACAGAGAACAUAGAGCUAUAGAAGUAUGUAAAUUAAUGUCUGAAAACACUUUACAAUUGGCUAUAAAAUAUGCCAGUAGAGUUCGUAAAUUACAACUAGCAGAAAGAAUUAGUCAGUUAGCUCAAGAAAAAACACAAGAAGAAGAUGAAAUUGAAGAAGAUAAUUUAUUACAUACCAAUGAAAUAACAGACUGGUCUAAUGCCAAUGGUCAUAAUGAUAAUAAUGAAGAGGAGAUGGAAGAAGAAAAUGAGGAAGAAGAAGAAACUAUAAAUGAAGAUGAUAAUGAUGAAGAAGAAGAAAAACCAGUUGGUCUACUGAUAGGAUCAAAAUCUAAACCAUCAAAACCUGCACCACCUACUAUAGUUGGAAGAUCUAAUCCAUUUAAGGUCAGUACCCAAGAAAAGAUUAAGAAACAGAAUGUUAAAGGAACACAGAUAUUUGAUGGAAUGAAUAAGAAAAUUGAGAAAACAAAAUCAUCCCCAUUCAUGCCCAUUACUACCAAAAUAUCUAAAUCUAACCAGAAAAAGGUACCAUCACAGACUAAAAUAUUUACUGCCAAAGGAGACAAAGUGAAUAAAACUGAAACAGAUAAAGUUUCUAAAAAAACACCUAAUGCUUUUGAAUUGUGGUUAGAAGAAAAUAAAGAUGAUUUAAAGGAAGAAAGUCCUGAACUAGAUGAUGAAGGGUUUGGUAUAAUGGCAGCUGAGAAAUAUAGAGCAUUAACUAAAGAUGAUAGACAGAUAUGGAUUCAAAAGGCAAAAGAAAUGAAAUCAUCAGGGGCAAAUGAAAACUGUGAGCUGAAAAAACGCAAACGUGAAGAAGAAGAAAUAACCAGUAAUAAAAAGUCAAAUAUUAAUGCUGAUAUUGUGAAAAAACCUUUGUCACAACAAACUAACUCAAAAUUAUCAAACUUUGCAUUUUCAAAAGAUUCAUAGUACAUUAUUAUUUUUAUAACUUAAUUUGUAUGAUAUAAAAGAUGUUAUAGACCUCU